AUGGCACGGUUUGAGCCAUAUAAGUAUAACGUUGAUCUUAAUCCUUUGUUAGCACAAAUUAACCAAAAUCCAGAGCUAAUAAAUCUAGACUCAACAGGUUCUACUCCUUCCAGUUUCAUGCUUUUUUCCAAUGGAGCUCUUGUUGAUGCCCAUCACAAUAAUUCUCACUUCUCUCCCAACUUAUUGCACGGUGAUUCGGGAAGAAAAGGGAAAAAAGAAGAGAGUGGGUCGAGGAGAAAAAGAAAGAGGUCGGAGGAGGAAGAAGCCAUGAAUACUGAAGAUGGCAUUGAUCCAAAGACAAGAGAUGUUGUUCAUGUCCGAGCUAAGAGAGGUCAAGCUACUGAUAGCCAUAGUUUGGCUGAAAGGGUACGAAGAGAGAAGAUAAAUGAUAGGUUGAAAUGCUUACAAGACCUUGUUCCAGGAUGCUACAAGGCAAUGGGAAUGGCAGUGAUGCUUGAUGUCAUCAUAGAUUAUGUUCGUUCACUGCAGAAUCAAAUCGAGUUUUUGUCCAUGAAACUCUCAGCGGCCAGUGCAUAUUACGACCUUAAUUCUAUAGAUAUAGAGCCAACGGAUAUGUUUCAGGGAGGGAAUACGUAUAAUGCAGAAGAGAUAGAAAGGAUUUUAAGAGAAAGCGUUGGAACACAGCCUCCUAAUUUCAGUUCAACAUUUCCCUUUUGA